AUGGCUUAUCGUCAACAUCCAUUCGUACUAUAUAAGCCUCAUAAGUUGUACUCAAAUUCUGCUAAUUUUUGGACUAGAAAUGAUUUUUCACAAGGAAUCAGAGCGGCAACAAUAAGAUCACAUCAUGCACCACCUGCUGCAGCUUACAAUCCAGUUGGUACAGUGUCAAGAAUUCGAACUAAUCGUCAUCUACCACCUGCCCGGCGUACAAUAACACCACCUUUAAUACUGACUACGCCAGUUCAACCUGCUGUUGCAUCUCAUGCCUAUGCUCCAAGACAUCAACCUCCUAUAGGGGCUAGACCUAUGGGACCUCAUCGACAUCGUCGUCGUCAAAACUUGCCAGGUAUGCCCGAGGUACCAGCUCAUCGUGGUCAUCAUCAUCAUCAUAGAGUUCCAGUACGUCAUUACUAA